UACAAUUUAAAUCGUGGAAAAUUUCGAGCUCAAAUUCAAAACUUUCCUUGAGUGUAUCUACGGAAACGUGUUAGCUUUAAUUUUCUUACUUCAACUUUACAAAUUAAAUUAGAGACUCUUUGAGUCUAGUUAUACCUAAUACGUCGACGUGAUAUUUUGCUCAGAGCUCUUAAACAUGGCUGAAAAUGGACAUAAUGCACGUAUUAGUGCAUAUAAAAAUAAAGGCAAAGAUAUUGAGGAUUUAAGACGUCGUAGAGUAGAAACUUCUGUGGAGAUCAGAAAACAGAAAAAAGAAGAAACUCUUCUCAAGCGUAGAAAUGUAGACUUAUCAGACGAUGAGCCCACCAGCCCAUUACAAGAACAGAACAGACAAUCAAUCAUGUCCAUGUCUGAAAUAAUUACCAGCAUCAAAAGUUCUGAAACUGCCACUGUCUUGAAUGCUACUGUAUCAGUUAGAAAGUUAUUAUCAAAGGAGAAGAACCCUCCCAUUGAUCGUGUCAUUGAGGCUGGCCUUGUUGACAAACUCGUCAAGUUCCUGGAUUGUAACGAUAAACCUAAUCUUCAGUUUGAAGCUGCUUGGGCUCUUACUAACAUAGCAUCAGGUACCUCUGAACAAACGCAGGCAGUUGUUCGUGCAGGUGCUGUGCCACAUUUUAUUCGUUUGCUGGGAGCCCCAAGUAUGAAUCUUGUUGAGCAGUGCAUCUGGGCUCUUGGAAAUAUUGCUGGUGAUGGGGCUGAGAUGCGAGAUAUGGUUACAUCUAAUGGAAUAAUUGAGCAGCUGUUGAGACUUGUUGACAUGAAUGCACCUCCUGCUUUCCUUCGUAACUUGACCUGGACAUUUUCAAACUUGUGCCGUAACAAAAACCCUCCACCCAAGAUGAAAGCCAUCAAAGCUUGUUUGCCAGCACUAGCCACACUGAUUCAACACUCAGAUAGAGAAGUUCUUGCUGACACCUGUUGGGCAUUUUCCUAUAUUACUGAUGGUGCUAACAACCAGAUUCAAGAAGUUGUGGACAUGCCAGGUGUGGUUCAGAGACUAGUUGAAUUGCUCGGCAGUGUGGAUGCUAGUGUUGUGACUCCGGCACUGAGAACUGUUGGAAACAUUGUUACUGGGGAUGAUUGUCAAACACAGGCUGUCAUCGAUACUAAUGUACUGCAAAUGAUGCCAGGGCUGCUUCAACACAUUAAACAGAGCAUCAAGAAAGAAGCUUGCUGGAUGUUGUCCAAUAUUACUGCUGGUUCAGUAGAACAAAUCCAGGCUGUAAUUAAUCACAAUCUCAUUCCAUUGGUUAUUGAAGUUUUAUGCACAGGGGACUUUAAAAGUCAGAAAGAAGCUGCCUGGGCUAUUACAAACUUAACAUCUGGUGGAACAGUAGAACAAAUCAGCUACGUGGUGCAGUGUGGUGCCUUGAAACCUCUUUGUGAUCUUCUGGCUUCUAAAGAUACCAAACUUUUGCAUGUUCUAUUGGAUGGUGUAUCCAACAUUCUGCAAGCUGCUGACAAAGUGGGACAGGUAGAGGGCAUCUCAUCAAUGCUGGAAGAAGUGGGAGGACUGGACAAGAUUGAACAGUUACAGAAUCAUGAGAACCAACAAGUCUACAAGAAAGCUUAUGAUAUCAUUGAAAAAUACUUUAGUGAAGAGGGUGAAGAUGAGAGUCUAGUACCACAAGCAGGUGCUGAAGCCAACCAGUAUCAAUUCAACACAGAAAACAUACAGAACCAAUCUCAGGGAUUUUCAUUCUAGACUGAUCUUUUUUCUUUUUUUUCCCCUAAAUUCUGUACAGUUGCUAUAAAUUUUUACCAUUUUUGUGUGUGCAUUGUAUUUGUUCUAUUAUAGAACAGAAUCUCAAGAGGAAAAGAACAACAAAAUAUUAAAGUAUCUGCAUUUCAUGAAUUGAAAUAUAGUUUUUUCUGAAUAGUAGUUUUCAAAUAUAAUAUAAUAUAUAUAUAAUAUAAUAUUUAAAAUUAUAGAAUAAAAAAAUGAAUAAAUAAAUUUACAAUUAUUUUAUUUCACAAAAAAAAAUUACCAAGUCUUCUUUUCUGUUGCAUCUAGGUUCACUUUGUUGAUAACCGUUUUGUAAAUUUCAUGAGACAAUUAUGUUUAUAGGAAAUUGGUACUCUUAUGUUUUGUCAUAUGAUCUUGUUGGUUAAGGAAUUUUUGCAAUACCAGUAUGAUGUGACUUAUUGAAUGUGUCAGUUAUGCUGUGCUAUCAAUUCUUGUUUUCAUCUGUCUAUCUUUCUGAUCUUUGUGAAGUUUGUUGUGUGGAAGGAAUCAAGUUAUUCAUUGGAUGAAUAAAUAGUAUUGUUGCCAACCAUAA